AUGGUUUAUUGUCAAACCUCAACAGGCCUAGUUUUCAGAUUUAGAGGCUACAGAUUAAUUUUAGCAACUAACAGAGAUGAACUCUAUGUUAGACCUGCCCUGCCAGCUCAUCUUGAUACAAACACCAAUAUUAUUGGAGGCGACAGAACUUUUUUUGAUUAUACUGAUAUUUUGGAUAAUACUUUAUUUAAUGGUUAUAACUUUGUUGGAGUUAAAGAUGCUACUGUCAUUUAUCAUCAUAGUAAUUUUCCAAACAUCAGUUCUCGAUAUACUGGAAAACAAAUUGCAGGCUUUGGUAAUUCUCCUAUAAACAAUCCGUUAAAAAAGGUUACAGAGGGUACACACCAUUUUAAAGAAAUUAUAAACAGAAAUAUAUAUGGAGAAGAACUGGAAAAAGAAUUGUUGGAAUUGAUGAAAGAUCAAACAAAGCAUUUACCAGAUACUCAAUUAGAAAUGUCAAAUUCUAUACAAUAA